AUAGACUUGAAGGGUCAUUGUUUUGUAAUAAUAAGCAACGAAAAAAAUGUCAUGAAAUAUUUCACAACAAAUCUGAAACAGAGACUGAUUUAUCCAGCUCUGAUUCAGAAUCCACAGAUUCAGACUGA